AUGUCAUUAUUACAAAGGACAGACAUCAAUAAUGGAGCAGGUUUAGGUAAGAGACUAAGGAACCCCUUAACGUGACGACCUAAAUAUGAAGGACUAAACCGACUAGACAAAGCAUCCCAUUAAAUUCACGACCUUAAUGAAGAUUUCAAUAAUAAGGGUACCAAUUACCGCCAAUACCAGAACCUAAACAAAGGAAAUUAAUUUAUUAACCGCACAACGGAAAUAUUGACCUAUAAAAAUCACACCGUUGUCAUCAGAGGUUAUUUGAGCAGCUUCCACUGACAAGGAAACUUUAUUACGACAGACCGUGAUCGAAAAUCCUUUAGUCCGUAACAAUGUCUCAUCAAAAGACCGAAGUGGUUUCCAAGUCCAACGAAUUAACUUUUCUGAGGACAGUGGAUUUGGAAUGCUGUAUUUGGUGAGUUGAAUAUCAUUGCUGGCUGUCACAUUUUGCCAUCGUUUUUGUUACCGCUCAUUUCCAGUGCUAUUAUACCGCCACAUUCCUUUUCAGUUAUGGCAUCGUGUCAAGGCCCGUUACCCUUGCCUGUGGGCACUCUGGCUGCAAAAAUUGCAUGGAAACUUGGGCAGAAUCGACAGCCACACCGUUGUGUCCCCAGUGUCGGGCAACGUUCCGAAAAGAAGAGCUGAGGUUAAAUGUGGCAAUGGAUAAGGCGACCCGAGAUUUGCCUGUUAAAUGUAACAGCUAA